UAUACUGAACCAGCUGUUGAAUUUGAUCUAGAUAAUGGAAGGAAAAGUGGAGGAUUGUCAUCAAAAGAAACAACAGAAGAAACUGAAACAUUGUUAUCAGAUACAGAGACCUCAGAAGCUAACACACAACAAUCUCAAUGUAGUUUAUUCAAUCCAGAGAAUUGUUCCCAGGAAACAGACAGCCAAAAUGACCAUGAUGAAAAUAAUAAUCCACUGACAUCUUUAAAUGCUUUCCUAAAUACAGUAAAUUUAAGUCCUGUUCAAAGAAUGCGUGUUUCAUUUUCUAAUGCUGGUGAACGCACAAGACGACGUUACAUAUCUAAAGCAAAAGCAUGUAUUUCUGCUGUACUUAAUACUAUUUGCCCAGGAGAAGAACAAGAGCUUUAUGAACACUUAUUUUCAAUAGAAACCGUGGUUGAUGAGGAUCUAGAAGAAUCUAUUAAACAGGCGUAUGAGAAUUCUAAUACAUGGACUUCACAGAGACAAUUACUUUCUGUCAUUGCCACAAAUAAAUCAUAUAACUUCAUUAAAAAACUCAUUCCAAGUGUAUCUUAUUACCGCUACAAAAUAGCAAAAAGACAUGGUCUGAAAUAUGGAGUGGGUUGUCCAGUACCUUUUGAUUCAAAGUAUCGUCAAACAGUUGAGCCUGAGAGAAUUGAAAGCUUUGUAGACUUUAUAACCUCCUCUGAAGUAAUAAAGGACAUGCCAUUUGGAGAAAAGAAGAUGAAACUGUCAUCAGGAUAAGUUAUACCAACUCCAAAUGUGAUACGCUGUAUAGCCCCAGCAGCUAUUGUGAGGCAGUAUGAUCAGUAUUGUGAAGAAAACGACAUUAAAAAACUAGGUCACAGUACCAUGUACAGAAUAAUGCAAGUCUGUCCAGCUUCAGUUCAGAAAUCCAUGGAAGGUUUAGACUAUUUUGUGGUAGAGGGUGGUAGAGCUAUUGAGGACUUACUUUGGGUUGUAACUCAGCUUCGCCUAUGUAAAGCAGAAAUGGACCAAAUGAUCAAAGAUCUCUCUGAAUGCAAGCAGUACUUGAAGCAUGAUUUUAAGAUACACCUUGAAGAGAAGACUGAUAUCAAAGACCAUUGCAUGACCUUCUCCCUGAAUGACAAAGAUCUUCAUUUUAGAAAUGAAUGCUGUGAUCACCAACAUUUAAGUGGCUGUCCUAAAUGUUUGCAGCUGUCAGAUUUGCUAGAUGAAAUAAAGAGAAGGGUUCAAUUACUGGAAACUGAAAAUAUUGAAGAUUUGUAUGAUGAAAUAUUGUUCAAAACUUCCAAUGCGAUAGACAAUAUUGUUGAAUGGAAAAAACACAUUGUCCGAUCAAAAAAUCAACUACGUGCUAAAAAUCAUGUCAUUUCUUCGCUUGAUGGAUCUAAAGCAAUUGUCAUGUUAGAUUGGGUAGUGAAAUUUCUGCCUCGAAAAUUCAGACAGGGACAAACAGACUGGUUUGGUAAACGUGGGGUAAAUUGGCACAUUGCUGUAUGCUUAAUUAAUGGUGAAAGUGGUUUUCAAGCAAUGACAUAUGUUCAUCUGUUCCCAAGUCCAGUUGCCCAGGAUGGCUUUACAACAGCAUCAAUUUUGUGUGAUAUUGUUUCUGAUUUAUCAACUCUCAAGCCAGAAAUCACAGAUGUUAGCUUUUGGUCAGACAAUGCUGGGUGUUAUAAAAGCACACUCACACUGGCAAUGAUAUAUGCCAAUCUGGGACCUAUAUUAUCAUCCUAUAAUUUCUCAGAAGCCCAGGAUGGAAAAGGGGCCUGUGACAGGAAAGCAUCUCAUAUCAAGGCUGAGAUUAAAAGAUAUGUAAAUGAAGGACACAAUGUUUUGGAUGCAAAUGACAUGAAAAAAGCUUAUUCGCAUAGCUUGACAUCAGAAGUUCAGAGAAAAAUAAGGGUUAAAAAAAAGAAAGAGGCUGUCAAGUGUUUACAGUUAUAA